AUGAGAAUUUCUACUUUCUACUUUUUUUUGGGAGUUUUUUCCCUCGACAUUGAAACAGUGUUAGAUUUGUCUGGAGAGAGCAUUUCCGAUGCCACAACUUUUCUCGCUGGAUUUGAGAGUCUAACCGCUACUACUUCGGCUGUGACUGCAAUUGGGAAUUUGGCCUCGCGAAAUAGCCCGAGAAUCUCCUCCGUCGUUUUCACUGCGGCGCAAAUUUCAACCCUCGGCGACGAUUUGUUUGGAACUCUUGAAAGUAUGAAGGCGAGUUUGACUUCCCUUCUCGCAGACAACGGCGAUGAAAGCGUGGAAUUCCUCGCUUUGCAAUCUGAGUGCGAGACGCUUGAUUCCGGGAAACAAGUUCGGCUCGCGAGCUACUUGGAUUCGAGCGGUCAAAUUGUCGGUUCCGUCAAUCGCUGCGACGGGACCGCGGAUGACUUAACAACCAGCGACGCUUCUGUUGAAAUGUCGCAAGUAUUGGAUUCAUCUUGUGCGUUUGACGCGAGCAGCAGCGUUAUCACCAUCGCCAAGGCUUUAGGAGACACUUGCGGAACAACGUAUGACGUUGAGGACAACGAGUACAGAAUUAGAAACACGCUCAAGCUCGUGGAUAGUGCUGAUUCGAGCGUGCUGGUCACCCAGCCGGUGGGAAUCGAUGUUCUUCUUCAAGGAGUUGUGACGGAGAAUUCUGAUGCUGGACUCACGAUUACGAUGUAUACUGACAGUUCUUACACGACCAUCGACUCCAGGACAACGAAGACGACUUCAAUCGGGCAGCCAAUUUACUACGAAAUCGGCGUCACCUUGAGCAUGGACGACAUCUACUACUACGUCGACGAGUGCCAGUUUGGAACGAGCGAGAAGAGCUACACCUUCCUAAGGUCGAAUCGGUGCUACUCAAGCAUUGUCGACACAAUGACCACUACGGAAUUUCUCACCGGCACUAGCGCACCGCAGCAAUUUCAGUUCAAUGCGUUUGUCUUUCGAAGCUAUUCCACUGUCGGUCUCAAGCUUUCUUGCAAAGUGAAGCUUUGUCUGAACACAUCUACAACUCAAAACUGCCCAGACAUUACGGACCAGAGUACUCCUGCUUGUGACGCCGACUUUUCCCGCCCCUAG